GUCAUUGCUGAAAUUACUUCCUGUUUCCUCUGUCAUGCUCACCGUACAACGCUAAUAGUCCUGCUGCCCUCUAAAGAUGAGAUAUUUUGUUUACUACGUUCAAAACCCGCUUUUACAAAGUAGCCCCGCGUGCGGGUGCGACGCACGGCAGAGACCCGGACACAGCGUGCGCGAGGAGGCAAGGGCAGCGCUGUCAGCAUGCUGUUAUCGCAGCUGCCGGAAGAUGUUCUCUAUCAUAUCUUGUCUUAUUUGGGCUACAAAUCCCUCAGUCACCUCUCUCAAGUUUGUAAAACCACUUACCACUUUGUGAACCGGGACGCAGUGUGGAGGAACAUUGCCAAAGAAUUUUUAAACACUGGAAUCACUCGGAACGGGACGGACAUAUAUCCUUCCAUCCCGCUGAAGGAGAGGGUGACGAUAGCUCAAAACUGGUACGACGGGGUCUGCAAAAAGGCAAUUCCUCUCAAAUGGAAAACAAAACUGUUGCCAUGGUUGCAGCUUGAUGGGAACGUACUGUUUCUGUCUCAGGCUGCCGAUAUUGGAGCGUACCAUCUGCGCUCGGACUCUGGGAGGCUCCAGCGUAACCCGUUUAAAAUAUACUCGGGCCACAAGGGCGAUGUCUGCCGCUUCGUCCUGACAGACUCUCACCUGAUCAGCGGUGGAAGUGAUGGCAGGAUCCUGGUUCACAGCAGGAGGAGGGACAUGUCGGUGGAGUUGUCGGGUCACAACCAGGAAGUCAACUGCCUGGACUCCAAAGAUGGACUCAUCGUCAGUGGAUCCAGAGACCGAACAACCCGGAUUUGGAGUCUGACCUCCAGCUGCCCCAGAGACACCAUCCCCAUGUAUGACAGAGUGUGGUCUGUUGCUAUUAGUCCCACAUUGAGCUAUGUCGAGGCUCUCUCUGCCGCAUCUAUGGUGUUGGCUGUCGUAGGCUCUGGGCAAGGACUGCGAAGCCCCUGCAUCCAACUUCAACCAGGAUUCAGCUUGCCCUCCUGCUAACUUGCCCGCAUUCAUAAACCAGAGGUGAGCUUCCUCUCGAAGGCCUUGGCCAAGCGAUCUUCCCAGGGAUCUAUUACUUCCACUAUGAGGACUUUCCUCAGGAUUCGGACAUGAGGACGAGUCCCUUGCAGAGGCCAAGAUCCUGUCCUGGCGGCACCCAGCUCUUGUAAUGAUGAUGGCCUGUUUUGAGGGGCGGGACCGCUUGCUGUACUGCACCUCCAUUGCUGCCUCCACCUUCUCCUUAACCCCCAUCCUACAAAUGUAUUCAACAUAAAGACUACUGACUGGGGUCCCCAAGAAAAAACUACCGUAAGAGACAACCAUCAUACCAAAACGCUAACUAAUGUCUUCUUAGUCAUUAUUAGUUAUGCAAUUAAUGUCAUCUGAUGGAAAAAAGCUGUUGACCAGCUUCCACUGCUUGCCAUCUCCUAGCAGUCCUCAACUCGAUUCCAUCUUUUGACCACGUUUGGGUCAAACAACUCCCUUUCUUGCAACACCCCCCUAAUUUUCGUCAUCUUGAAAUUGUCUUCCAAGGAUCUGACUGGCAGUCGCAGCCAGCUCAGACUCCUAGGCUCCUAGGUGGAUCAGUGUUGAUGAGGUGUCCGUCAGGGUACUUUCAAACAUCUUGAUGGUAGGGGUGGUAGAAUAAAAGGAGAAAGUCCGAACAGCAGAGUUGUGAGUGCAACAUGACUGUAAUUAGAGCUGUGGAAAUGGACAUUAAACGGGAUUUACCUUGUCAGCCAUUAUAGUACAGUUGAAAUUAUUUGUAUAUCACCUUUAAUUUGAGGAUUAUGGAUGGAUUCUAUUAGAGAUGAGUCUCCAGCCCGUCUCUGUCCACUCUGUAUCUCUCUCUGCUCUCUCUCCUGCUGUAUACCUGGUGUGUGUGGGUCCAGGCUAUAGGAAGAGGGGCAGGUGGUUAGCUAAUAGCUGACUGAGAUGUUUCCUGCAGACCCUGCUGUCAUUCAAACAAGACCCAACAGGUCGAAGUGUGGGCCAGGCAGUUGCAGAUGUGUAGCGGGAGGUCAGCUCUCACACCAAGUCACGGACGAUGAGCUUUUUUGGACACGGCUGGCUUUGAGCUGGGUGCUCGGCUGGGUACUCGCCACAAUGUUCCCGCCGCCAACUCAGAAUGACUUCAUCACAUAAAUUGCGCCAAGCUUGAAGGCUCUACAAGUUGAGCCCAGUUCACAGUUCAUCUGGUUUGCAGAAACUGAGGUAUGAUGUGCAUGUCUAGAAAGUAAUGGAGCACAAACAAAAGUGCUUUCUGGGGCUGAGCUGUAAAGUGCUGGUUGAAAAGACACUUUUGGAAUGGCAAGUGUGUUCAUCUUCCAAGAGGAAGGCUGUAUGUGAGAAAAAAUAUCAGUUAAAUAUCCCUUUCUAGAUUUCAGCUCCAUUAAAAGAAUUCUGAAAAAUCAGUGUUGAUUUUUGUUAAAACAUUUAAACUCCUAUAGUAAAUUAGGUUUGGUACCUAAAAUGUGCUGUAACUCCUAGGUUAAUUUUCACAUUUGCGGACUCCAAAUUAGUUAUUUUGAAAAAUACUCAAGUCUUGAAAGUUGUAGACACAAGGUACCUCAUAUAGCAAGUAUUGGGAUGAAGAUGAAGCGAGCUAUGUUGCAGGUACCUUACAUAAUCUGAAUAGAAGAAGUGGAUUUAGUGACUGACAUCAAUUAUUGGUUUGUUGACUGCCGUUUUGAAGCCUAGAGUUCAGCAUUUUUGCUGUCACCACCUUGGUUGCCAUGUUGGCACCGUGUUAACCCCGCCCUAAAGCAUACCCUGCUAUUAUACUCUAAAUAGGACCAUCAUUUACUAAAUGAACAUCAUGCUGUAUUU